UGGAGAUUAAAAUUUAGUAAAAUAAUUUUAUGUUCCAAAAAAAGAAAAAUAUGAACUAAAAAAUUGUAACAUAAACAAUAUCAGCAUUCUAGCUGGCAAAAGCUGGCUCUACAAACAAGUAGAAUCACCCUUUUGUACCUCAAAAAUUCAAUUUUUCUUCAUUUUCUCUCUAACCCUCAACCCCUUUUCUUCUUCUUCACCGAUCCUUCUUCAACAAUCACAAACUUUCAACUUCAACACACAGAAAAUUUUUCAUAUAAAUAAAUAUUUAGGGUUUAUACUUCAAGAAACACAACAAAGUUCACUAAUUUGGUGCUAAAAUGAGUGGUUCCAGGUUCAUAAAGUGUGUCACAGUUGGUGAUGGUGCCGUUGGAAAGACUUGUUUGCUUAUCUCAUACACCAGUAACACUUUCCCUACGGACUACGUGCCUACGGUCUUCGACAAUUUCAGUGCAAAUGUAGUUGUGGAUGGGAGUACUAUAAAUCUAGGGUUGUGGGAUACUGCUGGCCAAGAAGAUUACAAUAGAUUAAGACCCUUAAGCUAUCGUGGAGCAGAUGUUUUCCUCCUUGCUUUCUCUCUCAUAAGCAGGGCCAGCUAUGAAAAUAUCGCCAAAAAAUGGAUUCCUGAGCUGAGGCAUUAUGCUCCCGGUGUUCCAAUUAUUCUCGUUGGAACAAAACUUGAUCUUCGGGAUGAUAACCAGUUUUUUCAAGACCAUCCUGGUGCGGCGCCAAUCACCACAGCACAGGGUGAGGAACUGAGAAAACUUAUCGGUGCUCCAGUUUACAUUGAAUGUAGUUCCAAAACACAAAAGAAUGUGAAGGCUGUUUUCGAUGCGGCCAUCAAAGUAGUUCUACAGCCGCCAAAGCAAAAGAAAGCCAAGAAAAAGGGGCAUAAAGCCUGUUCCAUUUUGUGAUCUUCAGUUCUUCAUAUUGUAGUUUGUGGAAGAUGACAUGACUGUAGCCGUUUCCUGGUAGUCUCUGCCAUUCUGAUUCUAUAUCUUUCACUAUUUUCAACCUAGAUGGAGCAAACACCGUGUCUAACUGAUCACUUUAUGGUUUUCUUAUAAGCAUCAAGCUAUUUGUCUCUGGCUGAAGGGAUUAUAUGAUAUGUAAAGUCAUAAUUUCAACAUGUUUGGUGUGUUCAACAACUUUUGUGUUUCUCUGGGAUGUUUACCUAUUGUAUUGAUUAUUAAAUGGCCAUCUCCAUUUGUGGACAUGGGUUUUACUCACAUUGUAAUCUAAUCUAGGAAGUAUUUGCAACAUAUAUAUGGCUUUCGAUGUGAACUAAGUAUAUGUAAUUAAUUAUGUUAGCUGCUUAACAGCCUGAAUAUAAGUUUGGAUUGUUCAUUGGUUCA